GUGACGUUUAGCGGCACGCUUCUGUGUUAUUCAACAAGACACGCUCGAUGCUUGUGUAACUGUGGUGUGUGAAUGAAGUUACACAAACAGCCACACACACGCGCGGUUCCUGCACUUUGAACACGUCGAGCUGUUUUACUUUAUAUCUUAAUUUAUUUUAAACUGAAACGGGGCACGGAAAGCUAACAUGGCUAAACAUAAACGCCGGGCAGAAGCUGCUGUGAGUGAAAAGGACACCGCGAAGAAGAAGAAUCAGGCGGUGAAGAAGAGCAAAACUGCCCCUAAAACGCGGGCCAUCAAAGCAGACAAGGUUACCAGAGCCAAAACUAUUGCAAAGGCUGUCAAGCCCAGAGGCCAAGCAUCGAAAAAUGCACGGAAGCCGUCUGAUGGAAAGAAGAGCAAAUACUUCAGCGAGCCAUUAAAAGAAGAGCCCGAGGACAUUUUUGAAGAUUCGAGCAUGUCACUUCCAGAGAGUUCUGUGCUAAAGAGCAACGAUUCCAACAUAAAAGAAGAGAAAAAAGAAAACGAUAACACGAGUGAGGAGAGUGAUGAAGACGAGGAUUGGGAGGAAGUGGAAGAACUUGCAGGCCCAUUAGGACCAGCAGAAGAGGCAGACCAAGAACCUGCAGUUCCUUCUCAGCCUGUGGAGAUUGAGAUUGAGACAGCUGAGGCCAGGCUCAAGAGACAGAAAAAGGAAAACAAGCAAGCUGAGUUUGAGAUGUACCUGCGCAGAGCAAUGAAACGUUUCACCAAGGAGAUACAGAUGGAUACACACAAGGUUCAUCUCCUAUGUUUAUUGGCUAGCGGACUGUUCCGGAACCGCCUGUGCUGUGAGCCUGACCUAUUGGCCAUCACUUUGUCUUUAGUUCCCCCCCACUUCACCACAGUUUAUAAAAAACGUAUCAACACCGUCUAUCUGGAGGAUCUUCUAAAGUGGUUUAAGGAGACGUUCACACUAAACCCGGCUCUUCCUGAAGAGAAGGAUGUGAGACUGGAAGAGCUGCUUGAGAGACGUUUGGGAAGUCUGUCUGCUCGUGAUCAUCAGGAGAUGACCUAUCUGUUCCUGUUGGUGCUGAGGUCACUGCGCCUCUACUGUCGACUGGUGCUUUCACUACAGCCAAUAUCCUUCAAGCCAACAACAAAAACGGGUAAAGCAAAGACCUCCAGAAGUCCUCCUUCUAAAGACAAAUCUAAUAAAGCUGAUAAAAAGCCACCAGAACCCAAAAUUUCCCUGGGGUCCAAACGCCCAUCUUCCAGUGCGGAGGGGCAGCCAAAGAAAGGAGGAAAGAGACAGAAAAGAAAUGUUGAGGAUCGAGAGGUCAAAAAGAAAGAAGUAGAUGGACAAAGGCCAAAAAAUACCAGAAGAAGAAGUACUGCAUCCAAAGUGUCAUAUAAAGAGGAGAGCAGUGACGGGGAUGAGGAGCUUAGUGAUGAUGAGGAGUUUCAGCCGACCAGUGAGGAAGACAGUGACGAUUUGGUUGAUGCAAAAAAGUCAAAGGGUAAAGAAAAGGGCAAAAGUCAGGCUUCACGACGUUCUAGCAAGACCAAGAAGAAAACCAGGAGGGAUGAGGAGGAGGAAAAAGAAGAUGAAGAAGAAGAAGACUAUGACGACGAAGAAGAAGAUGAGCUAGUAUGCAAAAAGCAAUGGAGGAGAAAGAGGCAGGGAAAAGGCAAUGAUGAAUGGAUUGAGGUGUACCUGAAAGAGGCAAAGAAAUGGAUAUGCAUUGGUGUCGAUCAAGGGGUGGACCACCCAAAGCUCUGCUCCAACCAGGCCACUCAGCCAAUUACGUAUGUUGUGGGUAUAGAUGAUAACGGUUACCUGAAAGACGUGAGCAGCAGAUACGACCCCACCUGGCUCACGUCGUCACGGAAACGGCGUAUCGACUCAGAGUGGUGGAAGGAGACUUUAGGCUUCUUCGAGUGUCCUGAUUCUAAACAAAAGCAGAUAGAAGACAAAGAGCUGCAGGAGACGUUGAUGAAUAAGCCAUUGCCAACAUCCAUAUCGGAGUAUAAAAACCACCCUCUGUAUGCAUUGGAGAGGCAUAUGCUGAAGUACGAGGCACUGUACCCCACCACUGCCACCAUUUUGGGCUAUUGUCGAGGAGAACCUGUCUAUUCACGGGACUGUGUCCACACCCUGCAUUCCAGAGACAUCUGGUUGAAGCAAGCACGCACCGUUCGAUUGGGAGAGGAGCCUUACAAGAUGGUAAAGGGCAGCUCGAACCGUUCCCGGAAAGCCAGGAUGAUGUCUGAGAACAAAGAGAACAAGGACCUGGCCCUGUUCGGCCACUGGCAAACUGAGGAGUACCAGCCUCCUGUAGCCAUCAAUGGCAAGAUUCCACGUAACGAUUUUGGAAACGUGUACAUGUUUCAACCGUGCAUGUUGCCAGUGGGGUGUGUGCACUUGCAUCUGCCUAAUCUGAACAGAGUGGCUCGAAAACUCAACUUGGACUGUGCUCCUGCUGUAACAGGCUUCGAUUUCCAUGGAGGAUACUCGCAUGCUGUGAUUGACGGCUACAUUGUCUGUGAGGAACAUGAGGAGAUUCUGAAAGCUGCCUGGGAAAAUGAGCAAGAGAUUCAGAAGCGGAAAGAAAAGAGGUGUCGGGAGAAGCGAGCAUUGGCAAACUGGACACUGUUGGUUAAAGGUCUGCUGAUUAAACAGCGGCUGCAGCGACGUUACGGACAACAGGGCGUGGCCAAGGACACAGGCAUUACGCAAAAAAGAGAAGGAGAAGCGGACGGAUUCUCGUCCGGAGAGGAGGGCGAAGGCGAAGCUCACACGGCUGCACCAUCCCUGGCUAUUUCAUGGCCACAGAACAGGCAGGAGGACCAGGACGAAGGAGGAGCUAAAAAGUCUGUCAGUAAGAGGGAGAGGCGUGGCCAGCAGAAGCAUCUGUUCCCUUUUGAGAAAAGUGUGUGAUAUAAUUACUGUAACUUGCUGUUUAUUUCCGUACUUCAGUCGCAGCUUUGUCAUUUCUGUUAAAUGUCAAAGUUACACGACACGAAUGCCUUUUCACUGCAAUUUGUAAAACGGGUGUGUUUUUUUGUAUCUAUGUCCUGUUUUAAUUAAAGGGAAACGAGCCAACCAUUUAUCACGUACAAGAAAUUUUAACAAAUGUAAGUCCAGAGAUUUAAUAAAGGCUAUGCUAAUAACACUGGGGUAUUUCUGUAAGGACUAAUUUUCUAUCCAGGGCCACUUGUUCCCUGUUGGUGUUUCUGGAGCUGUUACCAUUUUGAUUGCUUUGAGCCAGUAUUCAAUAAGUACAGGAUGUGUGAUUGGCUGUGUGUACAACAGUCUCCUUUUUUUUUUACCUUUACCAAAUCCCUACACUGUGGCAGCAACAGGAGGCCACUAAUAUUUCUGAUAAGCCUAUAUAUAAUAGAUUCUGUGAUUAUGUAUCAUUCUCUCUGCAUGUUUUCCUUGUUAUAUUUGCAUUAAAGCCAGUUUUCUAAGAAA